AUGAAGCGCGUUGAGCUCCCAACUUUUGAAGGUACUGAUCCUACUGGGUGGAUAGAGAAGGCUGAGAAGUUUUUUGACAUCCAAGGAGUAACGAAGAAAGAGAAAAUGAAGUUAAUGUAUAUUUGUAUGGACGGAGGCGCUAAUUACUGGUUCCGCUUCUGGCGGAAGAAAACCCGACACCCAACGUGGAAGUCCUUUAAGGAGGCAUUGACGCGGAGGUUUGGAGGACAGAACCGGGGAAAUUUUUUUGAGAAGUUGGCCGUUGUGCGACAGCGAGGGGGUGUAGAUGAGUAUAUCCAAGAGUUCGAAGUACUCGUGGCGCAGGCAACCGAAGUAACUGAAGAUCAAUUACUGGGGUAUUUUUUCGCAGGUUUGCAAGAGCGAUUACGUAACACCGUGAGACCGCAUGAUCCAUGCGAUUUGUUGACGGCGAUGGAGCGAGCUCGGGACGUCGAACAAGUGGGGUUGACAUCGCGGGGAAGUAGUGGAGCUGGAGGAAAAGGAGGGGCGACGUGGGGGAGAUACCAUGCGAGUUCAGGGACGGUGGCAAGGACGAAAACUUUUCGUGGGCCGUUGGAGGGGUCGGUGAAUGGUAGCGGAGGGCCAGGGAUGAAGAAGAACGUUAGUCCGAAUACCAUGAUUUCAAAGGCUGGUAGUAGUGGAGGAGGAAACGCAGGAUGGGGCGUUAGGACUUUGCCAUACCCAGAAGUAUACAUUAAGCGAUGUGAAGAAGGACGCUGCUUCCACUAUGGCGGACCUUACAGCCCGGGUCAUCGCUGUGCAGAACGAAGCAUGCGGGUCAUGAUUUUGGCGGAGGAGGAUGAAGACGAAGAGGCAGAUGAGAAUGUCGCAGUAGAACAGAUGACGAUGAAGUUGUCGGGAUUGUCCACCUAUGGACUUUUGCAAUCUAACACGAUGAAGCUGCAAGGUUGGGUGCAAGGGCAGAAAGUUCUAGUGUUAAUCGAUAGUGGAGCUACCCAUAGUUUUAUAUCUACCAAAUUGGUGAAAGAGUUGGGUCUAGAGUGCACCGACACACUCCCUUAUAAAAUAUGUUUAGGGGAUGGACAAAAGAAAGUGACCAGCGGGUAUUGCACAAGAGUCCCUAUGUUAUUAGAAGGCUUAGAAGUUAAAGAUAAAUUUUAUCUCUUUGAAUUAAGCGGUGUGGAUGUAAUAUUGGGAAUUACGUGGUUAGCAUCCCUGGGAGAGAUAAAGGUGGAUUGGGGACAGCUCAUCAUGAAGGUGGCGCAUGGAGGGGAAGAAGUGGAGAUAAAGGGUGAUCCAGCCUUGACACGUAGGGUGGUGACUCCAGAAGCACUUAUAAAAGAAAAAGGGAUUGAAAUUAUGACCUUAGUGUGGAGUUUAAGCCAAACAGAAUUGAUGGAUGAGGAGAUAGAAAAGAAUAGCUUAACAUACCCCCAAGGACUACCACCUGAGAGGAGAGUUGAUCACAGAAUUCCCUUGAAAGAGGGCAGUGAACCCGUUAAUGUGAGGCCAUAUAGGUACCCCCAUGGCAUGAAAAUAGAGAUAGAGCGUCAGGUGGAGGAGAUGUUGAAUUUGGGCAUUAUUAGACCCAAUAACAGCCCUUAUUCUAGUCCUGUAAUAUUGGUAAAAAAGAAGGAUGAAAGUUGGAGGUUUUGUGUGGAUUAUAGGGCAUUGAACAGAGUAACAAUGGCUGAUAAAUACCCUAUUCCAGUCAUUGAGGAGCUGUUGGAUGAACUUCAAGGAGCAUCAUAUUUUUCAAAAGUUGAUUUGAAGGCUGUGUAUCAUCAAAUAAGAAUGUAG